UCAACGUUGCUGGAUGAUAAAUUUGUAUCACAUCCAGUUUUAUUUUCGUUUUCGGAAUAGUCAGACAAAUCAAAAAGUGAAAAACUCACUGUGAUUCUAUUUUUUCCAUGUGUUAUUAUAUGCGGUUGGUUUUAACACUGAUCAUUUCUCCUAAUAAUCGUUGUACUUCCUGAACAUCGGACGAACCAAAAUGCCGCUUUAUUUCCAAAGGCCAGAAAAUGCCCUGAAAAGGGCCAACGAAUUUAUCGAUGUUGGUAAAAAGCAAAGAGCACUUGAUGCUCUAUAUGAUGUUAUUAAAAGUCGAAAACACAGAACAUGGCAAAAAAUUCACGAGCCUAUUAUGAGCAAGUAUUUGGAACUAUGUGUUGAUUUAAAAAGAAGUCAUGUUGCUAAAGAAGGAUUAUUUCAGUAUCGGAAUAUCUGUCAACAAGUUAAUAUUAAAUCUUUGGAAGAUGUAGUUCGUGGCUACUUAAAAUUGGCUGAAGAGAAGACGGAAGCUGCUAGAGAAGAGUCUAAGCAAAGUGUUGUUGACAUAGAUGAUUUAGAUCAAGUCCAAACACCAGAAGAUCUUCUGCUAAGUGCUGUGAGCAGUGAAGAUACACAAGACAGAACCGAUCGAGUCGUGCUAGCUCCCUGGGUAAAGUUUCUCUGGGAGUCUUAUCGUCAAUGUUUGGAGCUGUUGCGUAAUAAUUCACGAGUCGAGCGCCUUUACCAUGAUAUUGCUCAAGAAGCCUUCCGAUUUUGUUUGAAAUACAAUCGAAAGACGGAAUUUCGUAAACUCUGUGAUAAUCUUAGAGCUCAUCUUGGGCACAUACACAAGCAUCAAAAUCAGCAAACAUCAGUUAACUUGAAUAAUCCUGAAAGCCAAGCAAUGCAUUUGGAAACUCGACUUGUGCAGCUGGACAGCGCUAUUCAAAUGGAGUUGUAUCAGGAAGCUUACAAAGCAAUCGAAGAUAUUCAUGGCUUAAUGAAUCUAUCCAAAAAAGCUCCAAAUCCCAGGCUUAUGGCAAAUUAUUAUCAGAAACUUGCUCUUGUAUUUUGGAAAAGCCAAAAUUAUCUGUUUCAUGCAGCAGCAUUGUUUCGCCUAUUCUACUUAUCAAGAGAACAAAAAAAGAAUAUCACAGCUGAAGAAAUAUCAAAAAUGGCUUCUCGUGUCAUUCUUGCAACGCUUGCUAUACCAAUGCCUCCAAAUCGUCCUGAAAUUGAUCGCCUGGUUGAAACUGAUGAAAAUGUGAUUGAUAAGAAUCACCGCCUGUUAUCUACAUUGCUUGGACUCCCCAAUCCCCCUACUCGAGUCAAUCUUAUUAAAGAUCUGGUACGAUUUGGAAUAAUUCAUUAUGCUCCCACUCAACUUCAAGACCUAUACAGAUGGUUGGAAACAGAAUUCCACCCCCUGAAAUUAUGCUCGCGUAUUCAGCAAUGCUUUGACUUUUUAAAUAGUUGGGAUGACUUUCCAGAACUUCGGCAAUAUAUUCCACCUAUUCAGGACAUUACUGUUGUUAGAUUAGUUAAGGAAAUAAGUCAAGUUUAUCAAACUAUCCAGUUUUCUAGGCUUUUGAGCCUAAUUCCCUUUAUUCAGCCAUUUACACUAGAAUAUUUAAUUGUUCAGAUAUCCAGACGAAAUGAUUUGCAGGUACGAAUUGAUCACAAAAAGGAGUGUUUUCACUUUGGCUCAGAAUUAAAUGUAUCUCAAAUAGAAAUAGUAGAAGGUCCUCAUCUUCAAAGUAUGCCCAGUGAACAAAUGAGGAAUCAGCUGGUAUUUAUAAACUCUGUGUUGAAGAAAGCAGUGAGUAUCAUAAGGCCAGAUAAAAUGAAGGUAGAAAGGAAGGAUCUUAGCAAAGAAAUAAUCAAAGCUUACCUGUUAACAUCAUCAAAAGAUCACAUACGCAUCUUGAACCGUCAAGCUAUAAUUGAAGAACGUAAGGAGAUGUUAGAAAAUUUGAGUUAUCAAAAGGAAGCAGAAGAACGAAAGUUACAAGAGGACAAACAGCAGAAACUGCGAGAAGCAGAAAAAGAAAGAAUGGCUAGAGAAACUGAAGAACGGACGAAACAGAGAUUGCUACGAGAACAGAUUGAAAUGAAACGAAAAGUGGUGAUGGAGAAAAUAGAACAACUUAAAAAAACUGAAAUUGGAUGCAGGAUUUUUGAAGGAAUGGAUGAAUUAGAACUGGAAAAAUUAGACCCAGAUGAUUUAUUAAAUAAGCAAGUUGAGCAAUUAGAUCGUGAGAGAAAAGAGCUGCAGUCCAAACUGAGGAAGCAAGAAAGAAAAUUAGAUCAUCUUGAACGUGCUAAAAGGAUAGAAGAGAUUGAAUUACUUGAGAAAGAGUACCAAGAACAUAGAAAGAAAGACAUUGAAUUUUGGGAGCUGCAUGAGAAGGAGAGAAUCAAAGCUAUUAAGGAAGAGCGUGCUAUAUCGAUCCAAUACAGAGAUCGCCUAGUAAAGUUGAAGGAAGAAAGAGAUAAAUUUCUACAACGUCUGAAGAAAGAACGUGCAUCUCUUUACGAAGAAAAGUUUGCUGCUUUUGAAAAGGUCCUUGAGGAAGAAAGAAAGAAACGUCUUGCAGAGAGAAAAGAGCAAAGAAAACAAGAUAGACGAGAACAAUGGCUGAAGGACCAAAAAGAGAAGAAACAACGUGAGAUAGACGAGGCACGUAAACGAGAACGUGAAGAAGUUUUAGCAAAGUUGGAAGAAAUUGAAGCUAAAAAACGAGCUAAAGAGAAGGAAAUUGAAGAAAGACUGCGCCGAGAAGAGUUGGCUGCUUUAGAAAAGAAGAAAGAUGAAGAAAAGAAGAGUUUGAAGGAUUCAAUCAUGCCAUCUCAAAAGCCCUUAUCUGGAUCAUUAAGAGAGCGGGAACCAGAGAGAAAAGAAGGCUGGGGAUCAAGAAGGGAAGAAAAAGAAUCCAGACCUCCUGUUGAAGAAGACAUGAAUUGGCGCAAAAGAGAUGACAAGAGGGAUGACGAUGCUUGGAGAAGAAAGCCCAAGGAGGAAGGAUCAGUAUGGAGAAAAGAAGAUUCUCGAUCUUUCCGUGACAUGCCACAGGAUGGUAGUGGUGAUUCGUGGAGAAGAUCAGAUGAUAAUAGGGAUCGCCCAUUAAGGUCCAAUGAUAAUCGGGAUCGCCCAUUAAGAUCGGAUGACAACAGGGAUCGCCCAUUAAGAUCGGAUGACAGCAGGGAUCGCCCGUUAAGAUCUGAUGAUAACAGGGAUCGCCCAUUAAGAUCCGAUGACAAUAGGGAUCGCCCAUUAAGUGAUUGGAGGUCUGGAGCUUUAAGCAGAAACAGAGAUGAUAGAGAUAUGAGGAGGCCGCUAGGUGAUCGGUCUCGAGAACAGAGAGAUAGACCACCUCAAGGCUUUGAUAGAGAUCAAUCAGAUGUUCCUGAUAGCGGAAGAGACCGCUUCGGAAAGGAUCAGGGCUUUGAUAGCAGAGAUAGAUUUGAUCGUGGAGGAAGGACGGAAAGGAGUACAGGUGCUCGAUUUUCUGGAGAUAGCUGGAGAAGUGCUAGAAAGGAAGAUUCUGCACCAUCUGGUGGAUCGUCCUGGCGGGCUCGAGACAAUCUUUCAAGCAAUGAUCGUUCGGAUAGAAGAGUGGAUACCAAAGAUGAAAGAGAUUCCUUCCGAAAAGAUACACGUAAUAAUGCUGAUGAUGAUGGUUUUACAAGAGUGAGAAGAUAAAUGUAUGAUUUUUGAAAUACUUAUUUCAAAUACCAAGUUUGUUAAAGUUAUGACCUGUAAUAAUUGAAAAGAACUAUCUUGCAGCAAGAAAUAUAAUUAACUCAAAUUUAAUUUUGCAGACAAAAUAUGUUUCGAGUUGCAAAUGAUUUCCUACUGAGGUGGUUGGGGAGAAAUAUAAAUGAACAAUUAUCCUAUAGCAGAAAAAGCCCAAAUCUAAAUGCUGAAAAUUGUGGAAUUCCAAAAUAAAAUUUAGCUGCAUAAUUUUCCAUUAUUACUUAUCUGUUCAUUUUUAAUUAAUCUAUCAGUAGAAGUACUAAUCUGUUUAAAUUAUAUUCUAAACUAAGAGUAUUGUAGAACCUUCCUUGACUGUGCUUUGAAAUUUAUUUUUGAAUAACUCCUAAUUGGUUAUUAAAAUAAUUUUGUUUAAAUUUA